UAUAGCUGAAGUACAAGAAUUACAUUCUGAAUUAAUGUGGAAGGAUUUUAUAGACCACAUCAGUAGUCUCCUGCACAGUGUUGAAGUAGAAGUCAGUUACUUUGCAGCUGGAAUUAUUGCCCAUUUAAUAUCCAGAGGUGAACAAGCUUGGACAUUGAGCCGUAGCCAGAGGAAUUCUCUUUUGGAUGAUUUGCAUUCAGCUAUUUUGAAAUGGCCAACUCCAGAGUGUGAGAUGGUAGCAUACAGGUCUUUUAAUCCAUUUUUCCCAUUACUUGGCUGUUUCACAACACCAGGAGUCCAGCUAUGGGCAGUUUGGGCCAUGCAACAUGUCUGCAGCAAGAAUCCUUCAAGGUAUUGCAGCAUGCUGAUUGAAGAAGGAGGAUUGCAGCAUUUAUACAACAUCAAAGAACAUGAACAGACUGAUCCCCAUGUUCAACAGAUUGCUGUGGCCAUUCUGGACAGCUUAGAAAAACACAUUGUACGCCAUGGGAGGCCACCUCCCUGUAAAAAGCAGCCCCAAGCCAGACUAAAUUGAUAGCCAUAGGUAAUUGGAUAAUUGAAUCACAGGAAUCCUUUUUGUGAUUGGUCCAUUUGGAAUAUCUUACCCUUUGUGAUUUUUUGAAGGUAUCUAUGACAAGACUCAUAAGAUCAGUUUGGAAUUGAUAAUGUAUAGUAUUGCCCAUGUGAACAGUCUCUAAUUUCUCUUGUGAUUUUUAACUUAUGAGGCAAGAAGGGUCUGUUCCUUCAUCAUUGCCUUUUAGGAAAUUUUCCACAUCUUUCAGUGUUUGAACUUACCUGUGCUUGAGAUUCUACAAUUUUAUGAUAAAGUUUGCACGAAUCCUUAGGCCAGACUUUUCUGAUCUCAAAGUCCCUUCCGAUAAGUUUGCAGCUUCAGAUAAAUUGUUAAUCUGAUUUCUGGCACUGCUUCAGCUGUAAAUUUUAUACUGCUUCUGUAUAAAAUGCCUUUAUUCUCUGUGUAUCCUUUAUAAGAUGUCCUUCUUAUUGUGAAAGAAUGGAAAUCUGGGCUACUUACUGGUAGGAACCUGGAUGGCUGGCAGAAAAAAUAUAUUAGAAAAUCUAUUAAAGGAGAACAGAGUUUAGGAACUGGGAAUUGCUUUCAUGGUAUAGUUUUUAAAGUGGGGUUUAGGAACUGGGAAUUGCGUUCAUGGUAUAGUUUUUAAAGUGGGGUUUAGGAACUGGGAAUUGCGUUCAUGGUGUAGUUUUUAAGGUGGGACAGGCUAUUCCCCUGGAGCCCACCUUUCUUGAAGCAGUGAGCAGAAGCCUGUUCUCCAUAUUUAUGCCUGGAAGCACGAACCGCUAUUUCCUGCACAGACUACUGGUUAUUCUCUAGAAAUAUUUCCCGAAGCAUCACAGUGUAAAAUAUUACAGCAUUCUGUGUUAAAGACUAACUGUCCAAAUCUCUAUAUGUUAUAUUAUUGUGAAAAUGUGAAUUUUUAGAAAAUUGUCACCGGUUAAAACUGACCAUUCUUUUCCCUCUAUUUCAAAGUCAUUUUGUUCAGUGAAAUAAAGACUACACAUGGUGUUAACCUGAUCAGUUAAAAUACAAUUGACAACAGUAAA